AUGGACACUGGCUUGAUAAAAGAGGAACAAGAGAUUGAAAAUGCUUUAGAGGCACUGACGGUAGAAGAAGCAAAAAUCGACGAUGCCAUUGCAAAAGAUGAACAGGAAGUGGUGGAUACAGCUUCUUGUAUUCUCAACAAGAACAGUGUUUCUCAAAGCGAGCAUGCAAAGAAGCGUAGAAGCUUGGCUACCUACAAUCAACACGUUGGCAUGCAGAAUUCACAUAUUCAGCCUACAGACGAUAUUUUCAACUCCAAUGAUCCUCGCAUCAAAGAAGACAUUAUUGCCAUUAUCAUGCAGUAUCUACAAGACGAAGGCUAUCACGCUUCUCAGUCUGUUUUAUACGAUGAAACCAAUGUCAAAUGGAAAGAAAGAGAAGAACGCACAUUGGAAGUGAAGCGAUUAAAAAAGGCCAUUCUAGACGGCGAUUGGCAAGAAGUAGAGAAAUUAUGUACAAAACCACUAGUUAAAAAUCAUAGAUCAUUUUUAUAUUCUGUAUACAAGCAGCAAUAUCUAGAAUAUUUAGAACGACGAGAGAUUCAAAAGGCAUUCACAUUCUUGAACAAGCGACUAAAGCCACUUGAGCACUUUCAAACAAAACCCAACGAAUUCAAAGACAUGUGCUACUUGUUAACAGCGAAAUCCAUCCAUGAAGCGCCUAGUUUCAAGCAAUGGGAGGGUAUCAUGGCAUCGAGAGAAAGUCUUGUCGAUCAGCUUCAAAGCAUGUUGGAAUUUGAAACAGCAGACCGCACAGGCAACCGACACAUCCCUCCAGAUAGAUUACUAGGCUUAUUGCGUCAAGCAGUAGCGUAUCAAAUCGAGUUUUCUCGCUACCAUCCCAAGAUUGCACCUACCGUCAAUUCACUGCUGGACGACUAUUCGAGUUUUGUGAUACCAAAUGCUGUGGGUGCGACAUUGACUGGCCAUCACGGCAACGUCAAGUGCUUGGAAUUCAUUGGUGAAGAAGGCAAGAAGAUCGUAUCGGGCUCCAGUGACAAUACAUUGCGUAUCUGGGACACAGAGUCUGCCAAGUGCUUGGAUGUGUUGGAGGGCCAUCGAUCUCGCAUUUGGGAUUUAACAACGACACAUGCGGGCGACUUUGUGGCAAGUGCCAGUGGUGAUUCUACAGUCAAGAUUUGGAAUUUAAAGAGCCAGCAAAAGGCCUCUUGUGCAACUACGUUGAAUGGACAUGCGGGAGAUGUGUAUUCAGUGAGAUACCAUCCCAACGAAAGCCACAUCGUGACAGGUGGAUAUGACAAAACGGUGCGACUCUUUGAUGUGAAUACAGGUGCCAUUAUAAAGACGUUUCCUGGACACCAACUGGCUGUGACCAAGACCAUCUUUAAUCCUCUGGGUAAUCUCGUGAUUAGUGGAUCCAAAGACAACACCAUCAAGUUUUGGGAUAUCGUAUCUGGCUUGUGUAUUCGUACCAUUUCAUCGCAUUUGGGUGAAGUGACAUCGGUGGAAAUGAACUCUAGUGGCACCUUACUGCUGAGUAGCUCCAAGGACAACUCCAAUCGUCUGUGGGAUGUUCGUAUGGUGCGACCUAUCCGCAAGCUCAAAGGACAUCAAAACACCUCCAAAAACUUUGUGCGGGCCAAUUUCGCAGACAACAAUCUCAUUGUGGGAGGCAGUGAAGAUGGCAUUGUAUAUAUCUGGGAUCAGGACACAGGUGAAGUGUUACAGAAACUGCGAGGACAUUCGGGCGUGGUGUACGAUGCAGCAUGGAACGUGAAACAAGGCAUGCUGGCAAGCUGUAGUGAUGAUCAAACCGUCAAAGUGUGGUGGUAUGAUGAUACGGUCCCGCUGGAUAUCUAA